GGCCAAGGGGAGAUCAAGAAGCUGAUCAAGACGCUGCUUGGGAGGGGCACAGCGAAGGACGUAAAGGGACUGACGAUUUCUUUCUCGACGGCCGAGUAUCAAGAGAAGAGUAAACGCGGUGAGCAGAUCGCCGAGCUACUGAAACAGCAAGUCUUCCCUUCACCGCGUGUUGUAUCUUUACUCAACGUCGUCUUCUGGACGCCCAACCUUACUACCCUGACUCUCAACUUCUCUGGUCAUCUUGACACGUAUUCGGAUUGUCUCGGAGAAAAGCUCAUUGUCGCGUUAUGCUCGCUGAAGAAUGUCGAGAACUUUUCUCACCAUGCCACGACAUCCGCGCGCACGGAUUUCGGCCAGUACAGCUUGAUGAAAUUGGUCUUGUCUUGGCCGAACCUCCGGACUGUAAUUAUUAUCAUCAGUGAGCUCUCCAAUGCGCCCGGCUUCCAUUCGAUCGACCUCAACGGGGACACCGAUACCGGAGGAACGACGCGUAAGGCUUUUGCCGAGGCACUCAACCGAGAUGACUCUUUCCCUGCUCUGAGGUGGUUGUCCUAUCCUGGCGAGAGAGGGACAUACAAGACAGGACGAGGCAGGAAUGUCCACGUGCACGAGUAUGAGAGUGUGCGUACGAAAGAGCUGGAGGAGGCUGCGAGGAAGAAGGGUGUUCGGACGGAGUUGGCGUGGAGGGAUCUGGAGUAUAAGGUUGAGGGUUCGCAGAGGCGUGCGGGGUUUGCUGCUAUGAGUAGGAGGGGGUAUUGGUGACCUGGAUUGAAACAAUUACUAUAUAGUGAGAAUCUCCUACCCUCUUAUGUUCUUCUUCAAGCUUAUUGUCGUUGAGGCCAUUAUUUAUUUAUUACCUGUAUUGCUUCAUAAAUCCAUUCUACCUACUAAAAAUUUGGCAGCUAGCAGUCGACAUCGCUUCUUCUCCGUCUGUAAAUUGAUUUUACCCCCUAUCCCCCAUUCAGGUGAUCAUCUCCGCUUCGCGAGUGUCUACUUUCACUCCGUGCUUUUCGUCAUAUCGAGAACAAAGAUUUCCUUAAUCAAAUGCUGACCCU